AUGAACAAAUGGUUUCAGUCCCUGGCAAUGAAUGAAUGCACAUUUAAAUUGACAGAGACUCGAGGGAUCCUGGAGAGCAUACAGAGAUUUUCCUUGCUGCCGACUUAUUUGCCCGUGAAUUAUCAUAUCCACAAUGCAGACAUUUCCUUCUUUCUUAAGGAAGCCAACCAGGAUAUCAUGAGGAACUCUAGUUUGCAAUCCCGGGUGGAGUCCUUCUUUAUCUAUAAAUCCAAGAGGCCACCUGUAUUAAAUGCCAGCUAUGGACCUUUCUCCAUUGAACAAGUAGUGCCCCAGGACCUAAUGUCAUCUUCAAAUCCAUUUGUAUCCACCAACAAAUUUUCCUUUAACUGGAAACUUAAAGCCUACAUCAUGAACAACAAAAUUUACCUAAGCAAGCCCAAAGUUCAAGUCCUCUUCUACAUCCUGGGCAGGGACUGGGAUGAUUACAGUACCACAGAGCGGCUGCCUUGCCUGCGGGUGUUUGCCUUUCGAGAGACCCGGGAAGUCAGAAGCAGCUGCAGGCUGAAGGGGGAUCUGGGAUUGUGCGUGGCAGAGCUGGAGCUUCUGCCGGCCUGGUUUAACCCUCCCACGGUGGUUGCCGGCCGCAAGAAAAUAAUGGAUCAGUCUGAAGGAAGCCCUGUGGAACUGUAUUACGCCAUCCAGCCGGGUGAUGAGAAAGGGGAGUGCACUAAGGAGGACACGAGGAAAAGUAAUGGAAUCAGACCAGGGCGCAAUGACAUUGAUGAGUCAGGACCUCCCUUGCAAAGGAUUGGAAGUGUUUUCCUUUACCAGGCACAUGUUGGCCCUUCAUUAAGCGAAAUGAGGUUGGAUAAUAACAUCGCUAUCCAAUACAUACCAAAGACUGUCAAACAAGGUGAUAUUCUGACUUUCCUUGUAUCCAUUGCUAAAAACUCAACGGAGGAUCAGUUCACAUUGAGGGCAAAGGUGAAGAAAGGUGUGAAUAUUUUCAGUGUCAGAGCCAGCAGCCCAUACUUAUGGGACAUUAGAGAGAGCAUGGAUUAUUCUGGGAAAUAUGCACCAGCUGUUAUUGUUUGCCAGAGGAAAUCUGCUACCUCCAAAAAUAGAAUUGAGCACUGGGCAACUGCCUUUUAA